UUCAUUCUUGUGAGUCCAUCACCGUCCCGCCUGUAUGCUGCCACUGGAUCUAAGUCUGCUGGAUUACCGCGCCGUUUCUCCGCUCAUUAUUCCUGACGCUUUUCCACGGCAGGCAAAGUUGGGCAUCCAGAAACUACAUGGUGACUGCCUGUAUAUUUUUAUGCUGUUUGAGCUUCAAAAUGAUUUCACUCUUCACUGGAAGAAGUGUAAUUUUUAUAUGACCGAGAAAAGAGCUCUGUCUCUUUUUGGGGGAUUGUUUACUUAUAGGAUAGGCUAGUGAUUUUGCAAUAUUUUGAACUUCGUUGUCUGGUAAUUUGGUCGCGAGGGACAAGAUGGGUGGGGUUAAGAAUGUAAGAAAUGGAGAUGUCUUUACAUGUUUUUUUUUAUCGAACAGACAUUCUAACCUCAAUCACCCUUCUUUAUUUUGACUGAUGAUGUGACCUUACUGGUCUUUGUUUUGGGUGUUUUUUUAGUGUUGGUGUAUUUAUUUAUCAUCACACUGGAGGGUUAACAUUGGAUGUUUGACUGCACUUGAACUUUCACCUUCUCCAGCUCCUUCCUUUUUCAGGGGGCUCUGAACCUUACCCCCAUAUCUGUAACACCGCGUAGAACCCCUCUCCCCCCUCUGGGGCUCUCCCUGGACCUUCCCAUCUCUUUCUGCUGCUUGAGGACAGAGACAGCCCCACCAGGAGAGGGGUUGUUAGGUAGGAAGACACCCCCCUCCCAAAGGUGAGAGGGGGGGAAGAUGGCAGCUCUCGCCAGCUCUCUCAUCAGACAGAAACGGGCGGUCAAGGACGACGGACAAAACCGACCUGUAGCCAACAAAAGGAAGCCCUGUCCUAAGAGCAACAAGUCUCUGUGCCAGAAACAGAUCUUAGUCCUUAUCUCUAAAGUACGGCUAUGUGGGGGUCGAAAAGGUCGAAACGAAAAGAGACCGGAGCCCCAGUUGAAAGGCAUCGUUACCAGGCUGUACAGUCAGCAUGGAUACUACCUGCAGAUGCAGCCGGAUGGCACCAUGGAUGGCACAAGGGACGAAGGCAGCUCCUUCUCACAGUUCAACUUGAUUCCUGUGGGUCUGAGGAUCGUGGCGAUCCAGGGGGCGAAGACAGGGCUCUACCUGGGCAUGAACAGCGAUGGGUACCUCUACACAUCUGAACACUUCACUCCAGAGUGCAAGUUCAAGGAGAGUGUGUUUGAGAACUACUACGUGACGUACUCCUCCAUGCUCUACCGCCAGAACCAGUCGGGCCGCUCCUGGUAUAUCGGUAUCAACCGCGACGGACAGGUUAUGAAGGGCAACCGGGUGAAGAAGACCAAGGGAGCCGCACACUUCCUGCCUAAAGUUAUAGAAGUUGCCAUGUACAAGGAGCCAUCGCUACACGAACUAGUCAAUGAACAGAAGGAAAAAGAGAAGGAAAGAGAUAAAGACAGCCCUGCUCGGAAGACAGCGAAGGCGUCAGAAGAACGUCACGAAAUAACAUUCUCCAUCAAGAACUGCAGGAAAGAGAAAAAAGCUCCCAAGGCUGACGCCUCGUAGCACAGGGGACCUAGGGGAGGGGGAGCAGUGACACUGAGAACUCAAUGGGGACUCAAUCACCCAUCAUGCGUUGGGCUGGCUGGGGGAAUGACUCUCAUGGGCUCCCUUUACCAAAAGUGCACUGGGCUGCACCAUGCUGACGGGUCAGGGGUCAACAGCUCAUCAGCAGCUCACCAGGUCUGGUUCUGGGAGGGUUUCCUCUCACCUGUCACCAGAGAGAGAGAGAGAUGGACCAGGGACCGAGUCAGCAUCACCACCCUUCCACCCUGUCAAUCACCUCUCCCCCUCCUCUGGUACACUCACUACCAAAAGCACAGCCUGUGUCAUACCUCUUUAAUUGAUCUACUGCCCUCCAUCACCUGUCUCAAUUUUCAGAAAUCACCUACCCUCGCGCACACACAGUCAUUUCUAAUCCGUGUAUUUUGAUGUAUGUGCGUGCGAUUGUGUGUGU